AUGGCACCAGCGCCUUCGGCUGCGGCCGCAGCGGCGGCGGCCUGCGACCUCGAUCACCUGCUGCGCCCGCUGCACUGGGGCGCCAUCCUGCGGCACCCGCGAUCCGCCGCCACGUCGCCGCUCCUCUUCCGCUUGCGGACCCUCACCGUAGCAACCUUCGCGGUGUCUUUCUUUUGCUCCGAGAUCGUCGUAAUCAGCCGCCAGGGCACAGCCGAGCUGGACGUCUUCAUACUCAUGCUCAGCGUCACAGAUACCAUUGCCAACUGGCUUUUCCGCGUGGCACUCACCACUCUGAGCGAACGCCACUUCCAUAAGCUCGCCCUCCAGGUGAGCCAGGACUUUGCUGAGUUUGCUACUUGGGACGACGUUCCUUUGCUGCGCAGUCAGAGUCGCACGGUGCGUCGUUUCACGCUAGGCUACAUCUGCUUCGGCUUCUGCACCUGCGGCUACUUCCUUAGCUUACCGUGCAGCGACGAGGGCCUACCCUACAUACUGGCCCUACCAUUUGACGCGACGCAGCCCGUAGGCUUCGCCUUCGCCUUCCUGUACUGCACUAUAGUAGGCGCGCACACCGUGGUCAUGUCAAUAACGCUCAACGCCUUCAGCAUCAGCCUCAUCGCGCAGCUACGUAUGCAGCUGACACUGCUCAACAGGAAAAUUGCCAAUCUCGCCAAAGCCGUGCCUAAGAAACUUAAACAUUCUUCAGACACGUCAGUCGGCCAUGACCUUCCCUACCGACUGAAAAAAUGCAUCCUUCACCAUCAGGCAAUCAUCAAGAAUGUGGAUUUGCUGCAGCGGUGCCUAGGCGUGAUGUUGCUGGGGCAGAGUGUAUCCAUCGGCUCUGCAGCCUGCUUCCAGAUGUAUCAAAUUGCCACGAGAGCAGAAUAUGGUCUUCUACAAAUGGCGAAGUUUGGCUGCUACUUGAUUAUCCUCCUUGCAGAACUCUUCAUUUACUGCUGGUUUGGGGAUGACCUCAUUACAGAGAGCGAGAACGUGGCCCUAAUGGCUUAUGACGCAGUGACAUCUCUACAGGAAAGCCCUUUGUCCGUCAAAAAAUCGCUGCUGCUGCUCAUGCAUCGUGCACAGCGACCCAUGUGUGUCACAGCCCGUGGGUUCUUCCCCUUCUCCAGGAAGUCCUUUGUCUCCGUCCUUCGAGUGUCUUACUCAUUCUUCGCCAUUCUCCGAAAUUUCCAGAAGGAAGAGUAG